UGGUUGUUUGGACACGAGCCGAGCAAUAUCUAGAGCAUCAUCUGUGGUAUACGUUAAAACUUAAAAGGAGAGAUUGUCUUUUCCACGCCCACUGUUUUUAUUGGACAAGUAAGCCCGCCUUUUACAAAAACAAACCCUAAUUAACAGUAUUAACAGCUAAGCUUCAGUUGUCCUGUGUACUUAAGUCCCGUGAAGACUGGCAACUACACGCUUUAAAUUUGGAUUAGCUCAAACAUUCUCAUUAUUAGAGAGAUUUGUUUGGGCAUUGUUUACUUCACAAUCCACAGGACAUGGUACUCUCCAACUGAACUCUGCAUUUCGAUCAAAAAUCAGUUAUUCAAUUGGAAAUCAAUCCAAUUGGGCGUAAGAAUGGCUGCUGAGAACAACUUCUUGAAUAUGGGUCUCCUAAUUGUAGCCACUAUACUAGUGGCCAAGCUUAUCUCGGCGCUUAUUGUGCCUAGAUCUAGAAAACGACUGCCUCCAGUUGUCAAGGGUUGGCCAUUGGUUGGAGGGCUCUUCCGUUUCUUGAAGGGCCCAAUUAUAAUGCUCCGCGAAGAAUACCCAAAGCUUGGGAGUGUGUUCACUGUAAAUCUAGCUCAGAGGAAGAUUACCUUCUUGAUUGGCCCUGAGGUGUCAGCUCACUUCUUUAAGGCCUCAGAGACUGACCUCAGUCAGCAGGAGGUCUAUCAGUUCAAUGUGCCUACUUUUGGCCGUGGUGUUGUCUUUGAUGUUGAUUACUCUGUGCGCCAAGAGCAGUUCCGAUUCUUUACCGAGUCUCUGAGGGUCAACAAACUCAAAGGCUACGUGGAUCAGAUGAUCAUGGAAGCAGAGGAUUACUUCUCAAAGUGGGGAGACAGUGGUGAAGUAGACCUAAAGUAUGAGUUAGAGCAUCUGAUUAUAUUGACAGCCAGUAGAUGUCUACUGGGUCGAGAAGUUCGUGAUAAGCUUUUUGACGAUGUAUCUGCUCUAUUCCAUGACCUGGACAAUGGAAUGCUCCCUAUCAGUGUUUUAUUUCCCUACUUGCCCAUUCCAGCUCACCGCCGUCGUGACAGGGCUCGUAAGAGGCUUGCAGAAAUAUUUGCAAAUAUCAUAGCUUCUCGUAAACUUGCUGGCAAAUCAGAGAAUGACAUGCUGCAGUCCUUCAUAGACUCAAAGUACAAAGAUGGUCGGCCAACAACUGAUUCUGAGAUUACAGGCUUGCUCAUCGCUGCUCUCUUUGCUGGUCAACACACCAGUUCCAUCACCUCUACUUGGACAGGGGCAUACCUCUUCCGAUACAAGGAGUACUUAUCUGCUGUAUUGGAGGAGCAGAAAACCCUGAUGAAGAAGCAUGGAAACAAGGUUGAUCAUGAUAUUUUGUCUGCGAUGGAUGUCCUGUAUCGCUGCAUUAAGGAAGCCUUAAGACUUCAUCCUCCAUUGAUAAUGCUUCUACGUAGCUCUCACAGUGAUUUUAGCGUGACUGCCAGAGACGGAAAAGAAUAUGACAUCCCAAAGGGCCAUAUCGUUGCAACAUCUCCAGCAUUUGCAAACCGCCUUUCUCAUGUCUAUAAGGAACCUGACAGAUAUGAUCCUGACCGAUUUGCCGUUGGGAGAGAAGAAGACAAGGUGGCAGGGGCAUUUUCUUACAUUUCUUUUGGAGGUGGCAGGCAUGGUUGCCUUGGCGAACCUUUUGCAUAUUUGCAGAUAAAGGCUAUAUGGAGCCAUUUGCUGAGGAAUUUUGAAAUGGAGCUGGUAUCUCCUUUCCCUGAGAUUGACUGGAACGCAAUGGUUGUGGGUGUAAAAGGAAAGGUGAUGGUGCGUUACAAGCGCCGGGAGCUUUCAGUUGACUAAAACUGUGGACUUUUUGCGGAUCCGGAUUAUUAUGCUUGCCGGAACUUAAUUGGUGCUUUGACUUUUACCGUAUUUAAUGCUUGUAGGAGGUGCUUUGCCCUCUUUAACUUGAUUGUGGCGUUUUUCUAGUUCUCAUAAAUUGUAUGGUAAUUAAUUUAGCCUGUGGCACUUAAGAUUCUGCUUGAAUUACAGACUCUCAGAGGUUUUGAUUUC